AUGGGAAACGUUCCACAGCAAAAUUCUCAGGCAAAGAAGACCCGGGAGAUGGGUGUGCAGACACAGGAAACUGAGCAUGGGAAAGGGGACGUCGAAAUGAAGGACGUUGGUACAGAUCCCUGCAGUCUGUAUGUUGACGCCUCUACAGAAACAGAAAAAUGCGACGAUAUCUGGCUUCCCUUCUCACAGUGCGCCAAGGUCGUAUACUGGGCUGGAAGACGGUACGAGGAAAAGAUUCAGAAGGCUGCCGAUAUUCUGAGAGAAGCGGACCCUUCUCAGGAGGACUACAGAGUCAAGGUUCAGAAAGCUGCAAUGCAUGGUUUUGAGUUCCAGCAAGAACUCCAAGAGAAAUGUGAGGAAGCCUUACGAGAGCUUUAA